AUGAGCACAUACCUGAAAGCAAACUACGGAGCAUCCCGCUACAGAAGCUUGAGACCGGAGUACCCCCCCAAAUUUUAUGAUUUUAUUUUCGAGCAUUUCUCUGAGAAGCCGAAGCUAGCCGUUGACGUGGGGUGCGGUACUGGGCAAGCUACUGUGGAGGUUGCUAAGCGGGUAGUUGAAGCAAUUGGCAUGGACCACUCCAAGGCAAUGGUCGAGUUAGCCACUGAUAUGAACCAGCUACCAAAUCUGUCGUUUAGAGUGGGCGAUGAUCACGCCUUUGCUACAGAGUUUGCCCCAGACUCUGUAGACCUCGUAACCGUCGCUGAGGCUGCACAUUACUUUGACCUGGAAAAUUUUUACAAGGCUGCACAUACUAUCCUGAAGCCCAAUGGCUUGUUGGUUAUCUGGGGGUACCGAAAUGAUGUUAUUCAGGGUGAACCUGAGGCGACUAAGAUUGUUGCAAAGUACUGCUACGAUCCUGCAUACCUGGGCAGAUACUAUGAUGAAGGUCUCAAGAAGUUCGACAAAUUCUAUGCAGAUUAUAAAAUUCCUAACGAUUUGUUCCGGGAUGUUUUAUACCAUCAAAAUCCUGCAACUACGUUGUCCGAUGACGAGCUUCUCGAGUUGCGACGCACAACAUCCCUACGAGAUUAUCUAGCUUACUUCCGGUCUUUCUCAAGCUACCAAAACUGGUUUGAUGAUCAUUCCGACGCUACCCCAGAGAAUGAUAUCAUAGCACAAAUGACACAGGAGAUUUUGUCUAGCACCGACUUGACAUUGGAUAGUGAGAUUACCAUCAAAUGGCAUACGGUUUACAUGCUGGGUAAGAAUAAAUAG